AAAGUGGUUAAAUGCAAAUAUAUAAACUUAACUAACAACUUACGAAAAUAGUCAUGAAUAGAGGAUGUGAUUUUAAUUAUAAACUAUGGCUACGUUUUUCACAUUUGGAAUUCUGCUUGCGGUUUUCAGGAGUGAAUGCUUUGAGUUAUUGGUCAAACAAGUUCCAAGUCCGGCAUAUGAACACGACCACGUCACCCUGAGUGCAAGUUACUCUGGAUUUGAGGAGACAGAACAUCCGACUCGUGUUGUAUGGGGCAUAAUUUCACCUUUGCAAAGUGUCGGACGAAUACUUUUACCUGGGUGUACUGUAUUUGGCCCUAUUGAUAUUAGCGCGUACAACUUUACAUGUUCCGAAGGCGAGUUAACAUGGACCAUUUUCAACGUCAGUCGAUCUCAACAGGGUCAGAUUUGGAGCUGCAUGUUAGCCACCAACGUCAAUUCCGUUCAAGCGGAACUAGCUCUAAAACUGCACGAUCCACUGAUGCCUACUCUAGAAGUAAGUCCGGAAACGGUGCAAGAGUAUCAUUCCGUUACGCUUAUGUGUACAAUAUACGACCAAGUGAUUCCGGUAUCCUGGGCUAUAAACGGUCAACACACAGGUAUUUGGAUAGGAGUAUAUUUAGGCAACUGUACUACAAGCCCCGAGGUGUUACCAUCAGACUACAACUGCACAUGUAUCAGUGCUAAAAUGUACAGUUGUACGAUCAAGAAUGUCACACGUGCUCAACACGGCGACAAGUGGAAGUGUCUAGCAAAUAACGCGAAAGGAAUAACAAUGCAGAGUGGAGAUGUAGAAGUUAAAGUUUUAGUUGGAGUUUCGGCUGUGCAGUUAACGAAGCCAACAGAAAUUGAAGUGAUAGAAGCGGAACACUUUAGAGUACUAUUUGAGUGUGUAUCUGAGGGACUUCCGGCUCCCACCAUUCGUUGGUUUAUGGAUAACAAAACACCAAACAACACCGACGAUGAUGUGGAGCUUAAGCUAAAUAGUUCAAGUAUAAUACGCGAAACCAAACAAAAUGCAGAUAACACUUACCGUGUCAAGAGCCAACUUGACUUUACCAUAGAUCGCAAAUUUGAUGGAAUGGAAAUCUAUUGUACUACAAACAACACUGCACGUGUGUUAAUAUCGACAAGACGCCCCGUAAUUCGUGUCCAGUAUUCGCAAUUGUUCAUUGAAAAUCCUGUAAACUGUGGUGAACCUGCAAUUUUGAGAUGUAGAAGUUCUUCUGCAACUACAUCAAUCUGGAACUUUAAACUGAACGGCAAUUCAAUUGUCAGCAGCACCACCACUAUUGACUUUAAUUCAGUGUACAGUGAAUCGACAGAUUUGGAUGGAACUAUUACGCUCGUAGUCCGUAAUACAAGUGUACACGAUCGGGGAAGCUACACCUGCCAAAUAUCUUCAUAUCCUGAAAGUCAACCCGUGGGACUGGAAUUUGAAUGUAAGCCUAAAGCAUUGGAAAUAAAUGUGACAGUUGAUGCAAAAAUACGCUUCAUGUUUGACAAUGUGUACCCUAUCCCAACGGAAGUGGUCGUUACAGUAUUCAGCCAGUUCAAAGAAGAAUUCACAUGCGGAUAUGUCUCUUGCAAGCAAAACAAUGAAGGAUACCAUAAUUGCGUUUGGAAUUCAAACAGGAACUUUAGAAGAGGGACGUAUACUUAUGUUGUCGACAUGCAGUUCAUUACAAAGACGGAUUCUUUAGCUGGAAGCUUCACCAUUGAUAUGAAUCCAAGUAAUGAAAGCCUUACUUUAGAAACGACUCACAGGGUUAAAGACAGCACACCAGAUAUAAAUGUAACAUGUACUUAUACCGGAAAUCGAACUGUGUAUGUGGUAUCAUGGUAUCGUAACAGGGCUUUAGUAGGAGCUGUGAAUCCUAGCUGUGCAAUUCUGAUUCGCCCUCACUUCGAUCGAUACCAGUUCAUAUGCCCGUCGCCUUUUGAAACAGUUUUGUCUGUUGAAAAAUUAAUACUUAAUCAAACUGUGGACAAGUGGACGUGUCAAGUGGGGUUAGGAUUUGGCAAUGUUCUUGAAAGUAGUCCCGUGGAUAUACUUUUGGAAGCUACUGAAGGUUCCGAUCAACUAGAAAGCAAUUCUGAAACGGUCAAGGUUGUUGGCGGAGUAAUUGGCGGAUUUGUGACCGGUUGGCUUGUUGGUAUUGCAUCCGUAUUUCUCGUUCACAAGAUGCGUCUAAUCGAGAAAUGCAUGGCUGAGAAAGAGACAGCAGAUAUCCCGACGAAAUUGGCUGCCGCUCAUCAGAAAGAAUCACUGCCCAACGAAAAUGAACAGGAGCAAGAUACCAAUACUAAUCCAAGUGAUUAUCAAAACACCAUGGGUACAGCAGGAUCUGAUCAGACUGCUGGCAAUACUGGACCAUACGAAAGUUUGCAAGAACGUAACCAAGAACAGUACGAUAUCAUCCUGCAAUAUUAGAUGAAUGCUGUGUACUCAAACACGCUGGUAAAAUGGCUACACUUCCAA